AAAAGUGUGCCGGUAUUUUCCUCCAAACCUUUUCCGAUAGCCUUCCAUGACCAAUUGUUUCACAAACCCGUGUCUACAGUGCUAAUAUCUUUCAGUCCAUGUACCGUACUUGGAAUCCUCGAAUUUUAGAAAAGCGAAAAAUCACAAGAAGGGCGGUAAUUAGGCCCGAAACAAGACUCGAAAGCCUUAUGUCAAGCCCGGCAGCGCCUAAUUUGGAGGUAUCUAAGAAGAUAUUCUCGGCUCUACCGGAAAAGGGCAUUCGCCUUAUCAUUAUCCAUCCCGGGUCAUACUCGGAUCAUAUCAGAUGCGAUAUUCGAUUGGCAACGCUCGCAGAUUCACCUCCACCAUAUUAUGCCUUGUCUCAUGUCUGGGGAAGUGACCAUAACCCCGAACAGAUCCGCCUCAACGGGGAAAAUUUUGAUAUCAGGAAAAACCUAGCAAAGACUCUUAGACAGCUGAGACGAGGCGAUAAAGCUGUAGUAUUUUGGAUUGAUGCGCUGUGUAUCAAUCAAUGCGACGAGGACGAAAAAAGAGUGCAAAUUCCAUUGAUCGGGGAUAUUUAUAAAGAGGCCGAGAAAGUCGUCGCCUUUCUAGGCGACCAUGACGCUUCUAGCCGAUUGCUUUUCAAAGUCCUCCAAGGACUGGAACGACAAGUUAAUAUAGGCUAUAUACUGAUGCGUUUGGGAUCCGAAGACCUUGCUUCUAUUAAAGACGCAACAUAUACGUUCCUCGCCAGAGAAUACUGGUCUCGUGCUUGGAUUGUCCAGGAACUCAUACUUGGUCGUGACCGCAGGAUCCAAUGCAGCACCGAUGAAGUCUCAUUUUCGGCCUUACAAACUCUUUUAGACGGUUUGGCGGGUUGGCCCGUGGUUAUGAAACUAUCUCCAGGAGGUCCAGAUCGUUAUGCUGCGCUCAGCCCCAGCACUAGAUGGCAUCCACGAUUCCAACAACUCCUAAAGACGGGGUCAACAUUGUCUACAAAUGGAUUUCUUGACGGGUUUCUAGAUAGCCGAUGCUCAUACCCACAAGAUCAUAUCUAUGCCUUUUAUAACUUAUUUCCCGAGGAGAUUAAGAGCUACAUCGAAGUCAACGUCAAGAAAGAGCCGGAGGAAAUAAUUUGCCAGGCAGCUCAGGGUAUUAUCAAGGAAACAAGGAGUCUGCACAUCAUCACCCUCAGAGGUCGACAGAUGAGGCCCGUGGAUUUGUGGCAAUAUAAUCUACCGUCUUGGUGCCCUUUUUUUGGAGUUGAAUUCUUGAAUGAUCCUAUACUUCCAGAGUUUUCUGGCGAUCCUAUAUACCUUAGCAAUGAUGAACCAAUCGCGAAAUUUUCCAAGGAUGGAAAACGACUGGAAGUGAAAGGAGUGAUGAUUGGCCAAAUUUGCACGACAGUUUUCAGAAACCCCCUUGCCUCGCGACCCUUCGAGGAUAUCGACUUUAAAGAUGAAGAAUUAAUACCGAGUGGGAAUAUGCCUGCGAAUGCAUUUACUUCAUCAUAUCACGAUUUAUCGACGAUGUUGAAUUGCUUAAGGUUGUUCUAAAUGACAAUGACGAUGUCGCAUGUCUACCUGGUCACGACUCUCUCCUAGCCAUCCUGGACAGCGAAUAUGAAUUGAGCAGAUUUAAGUCAAUACUGAUGAGUGACUCAGACCUUAUGUACAGCUUUCAUGAGUUUGCACAAUACCUACACUCACGACAACCCUGUACGUUCCGCUAUGAUGGCUCAUUUCUCCAUCAGCAGCACCGCAGUAUACUCCCAGAAAAAGAUCCCACUACAGAAGACUUAGCAAUAGUCCCUCAAAGCGCGUGCAUGAACGAUGUAUUGUGUGCAAUACAUGGCUGUGAACCACUUAUGGUCUUACGGAAAGAAAGGGAAUCUUACAGAGUCAUUGGAGAAGCAAAGGUCUUUCGCAGAAUAGGUGAUAAAUCUUUUAGAUAUAAAGAAUUAAGGGGCUCUUUUAUACUCAAGUGACAUACCCUAAUUCGGAGGGAGACUGAUAGUUAU